AUCCUGUUUCGCGGUCACAACUUUUUUGCUUCUCUUUUGCUUUUUUUUUUCGCCAAAAAAGCUGCUUCGCCUAAAAAACAGGAUUUUUCAGCCAAGGCGCCACUUUUUCGCCCGGCAGCGCGCGGCCUACCUCGCACACCUGCACCCGACCGCCCGUCCGGCACCUGGCUACUGGCCUGGCCCGGAGUUCAUUCUGGUUGCGCCCUUCCCCUCUGGUGUCCCAGCCUGCCAUGCGGAUCUACCGGACCGACGCGAGCAGCAGCUUGCGCCACGGUUGUAUAAUAGACAGGCAUAUCAACUGUAAAAAUCCCUGGAGGUCUGGAAGAAUUCAUGUCUGUCAUGCUUGUCUGGCAUGACUCUUAAAUCUGUCAUGCACGCUACCCAAGAGCUCCGUUUUUCUGUGAUGCAGAGCCGCAGUUUGUCAUGCUGAAUUAUAGGCAACACCUAGGAGCUCAGUAGAAACUUGUCAUGCUGAGCCAGUAUUCGUAGCCUCAUCAUGAGACGCCA